AUGAUCCAACUUAUUUUUUAUGAGCCCCUUUCAAAGUCAGAUGAUUCUUCUUGGUUUUUGAGGGCAGAGGCAAGAUAUAUUGUAUCUGAUAUAAUGAUGGGACACAGAGGCAUGUCAACUGCUCCUGGAGACACCCACAGCAAAUGGCCGGAAUUUCUGGAUUUCAUGUCAUAUGAAGUAGGUCUUCUGGUGAUAAGCGCUGGAAAAAUACAAGAUCCCGCAACUAGCCUAGAACAUCUUGUUGACUACGGUUACUGGUCGAAAAAGAAAAUGAAUGCCAAAUUGAUGCCUAUUUUCUGCACAGACUGCUCGGGUACGUUCCUUGUUAUCUUCUACUGUGAAUCUCUUUUUAACAAAAUCAAGACAACAGAAAAAGACAAACUUAGUGGCAAGAAAAUGAAUACUGGUGGAAAGACAAUUUUACUACACCACCACUUCAAAGUUGAUUUUAAUGAGCGAUAUCAAAAGAAAUCCCGCCGUGCUAUAAAAAUACACCUUGUCUACCUUACCAAGGAACACAAGUAUAAUAAGACAGCUCUCAAGUACAAAUUUAAGAUCAAAAUCAAAGAGACAAAACAUAAUGAUAAUAUCAAAGUCAAAUGA